AUGAUGCGAGCAGUGUUUUUAUUCUUCGCAGUAACAGCUUCCGCGGAUUAUUUAUAUUACAAAAAACCAGAUCUGAAAUUGCACGACUUCUACACCUACCAUGAAAUGAAAUGGUACCUGGACACCCUUAGUAGCUCCUUCAGCAAUAUAGAGGUUCAAGAAUUGACAAAAACUCACGAGAAUAGAUCAGUUUAUAUGGUGAAAAUAUCUGCCCGACUCGACCAUUAUUGUCCUGGCCCAAAAAACGUGAUUUUACUGGAUGCAGCCAUCCAAGGAAACGAGUGGAUCACAACCACUGUGGCGCUCAAGACGAUUCAUGAAUUGGUGGUAAACUAUGGAGUAAAUAAAAAGUUAUUAGAGCGAUUCGACUGGUACAUCCUGCCUAUGGCUAAUCCGGAUGGUUACGAAUUCUCCCGAAAUUCAAUUUUUCAUCACUGGAAAAAGAAUCGCUCUCCGAAUGGCCCUUACUUUGGCACCAAUCUGAAUCGAAACUUCGACACCAAAUGCAAUAAGUUUAAGAAAUGGCAACACUCACCCGGUAGCCAAGAGUUUCCAGGGAGCAAGCCUUUUUCCGAACGCGAAUCAAAUUAUACUGGGCGUCUGAUGCAAUAUCUUAUUGCACAAAAACAGCACUUCAUCUACAUAACUCUGCAGACCAAAAGCAAGCCGUCUAUCCUAUAUCCUUCGCCCCACGAACUGGCGCCCCCGGAAGACGUGCAGAUGUUCAGGAUGAUAGCAGACUAUGCCAGUAAAAAUGUUUUUCUGGAAACGAGGCUCGUGCAUCAGCAACUCCCACCCAUUGAAUAUGAAAGAUUUGGUGGUUCCAGUUUGGACUACGCCUACGAACAGGGAUUUCCUCUAACUUAUGGUCUCGAGGUCUUCGAAGUGGAUCAAGUCGAAAAACGGAAGAUAAAUGUAGGUGCUUUGAGGAAAAGAAUGAAGACGAAAGUCAUCCUAAAGGUGAUAGGAAAUUCGUAG